CCAUUGUGCCGUGGCGCCUGCGUCGCCCUGGCGGCCUCUGUGAGGAGCGGCGGCCCGCGCCGCCGCCAGCGUCGCCGCCAUGGACCUAGGACCCUUCAAUAUCUGUGAAGAAAUGACUAUUCUACAUGGGGGCUUCUUGCUGGCUGAGCAGCUCUACCGCCCGAAAGCACUGGCAGAACUGACAAAGUCUGACUGGGAACAUGUUGGGCAGCCUAUUGUGGAGGCCUUGAGGGAGAUCUGCUCGGCCACCGUGCAUUCCCAGCCACUUGCCUGGAAGAAGAAAGCUUUGAUCAUCAUCUGGGCCAAGGUUCUUCAGCCCUACCCUCCUACUCCUCCUGACACUGAAACUCGGUGGCAGGAAGAUGUGUUCUUCUCUGUGGGCAACAUGAUUCCUACUAUCAAUCACACAGUCCUUUUUGAGCUGCUCAAGUCCCUGGAAGCUUCUGGACUCUUCAUCCAGCUCCUCAUGGCUCUACCUACCACCAUCUGCCGCACAGAACUAGAGCGGUUUUUGGAGCACAUGACUAUUGACACUUCUUCCAAGGAUGUGGCCUUCUUCCUUGAUGUCUGGUGGGAAAUGAUGAAACACAAGGGCAAUCAGCAGGAUCCCCUGCUGUCUCACUUUAGAACCAUGGCCCAUAAGUACUUGUCCUCUACAGAUGAGUUCUCUCAUCCUCCAAAGAGGUUUAAGUCAGACCCAGAUGUGUGUCCAACCUUGCCUCUGUUGGCCAUGUUGCUUAAAGGACUGAAACAAAUCCAGAAGAGAAUUCUGAGCCUUGGGAUGAAGUGCUGUGCAUUAGCCAACUUGGCUGACAUGCUGACGGUGUUUGCACUCAUGGAAGAUGACCCCCAGGAAGUGUCUGCAACCAUGUAUCUAGACAAACUGGCCACAGUGAUCUCUGUGUGGAACUCAGACACCCAGAACCCAUACCACCAACAGGCUCUGGUAGAGAAGGUAAAGGAGGCGGAGCGAGAUAUUAGCCUGACCUCACUGGCCAAACUACCCAGCGAGACCAUUUUCCUUGGGUUUGAGUUCAUGCACAGCCUGCUGCAGGAGUGGGGUGAGGAACUGCAGGUCCUGCUCAACAGCAGCCAGGGGAUAAAUUAUGAUAGCUACCGGCUAUGUGACAGUUUGACCUCCUUCAGCCAGAACUUGAAGCUGUACCUGGAUACCACCAGCUUGUCCAAGGAGGAGAGGGAGGAGGUCUCUGAGUUGGCAGAGUGUGUCAAGGAUUUCCUGAGAAAAACCAGCAGGGUGCUGAACAAUAAGGGCUUUGAGGACAUCACUGCCUCCAUUGCCAUGGCCAUUAUUGAGCAGAAGAUGGACCGGCAUAUGGAAAUGUGCUACAUUUUUGCUUCUGAGAAGAAGUGGGCCUUCACAGAUGAGUGGGUAUCCUGCCUGGUUAAUAACAGGGCUCUCUUCCAAGAGCCAGACUUGGUUCUAAGGCUCCUAGAGACAGUGAUGGAAGUCACUAUGACAGACAGAGCCAUUCCCCAAUCCCAGAUCAAACAAGUAAUCAGCUUGAUCCUGGAGUGCUAUGCAGACCUCUCGCUGCCAGACAAAAAUAAAGUGCUUUCAGGUGUCCUGCAUUGUUGGGGGCGAAAAGGCCUCUCUGAAAGGCUGUUGCCUUACUUGCAGAGUUUUCAGGAAGACCUCAAUACGAUGUUCAACCAGCUUGCACAGAGUACCUCUGAACAGGGCUUGGCUAAAGCGGUUGCUUCUGUGGCCCAGCUGAUAAUACUGCACCCGGAAAUCACAGUGAAGAAGAUGUGCAACAUGGCCGUGGUCAAUCUUGGGACUCAGAGGUUCCUAGCUCAGAUUCUCACUGCCUUCCCUGCCCUUAGGUUCACAGAAGAGCAAGGGCCAAAUCCAUCCACCACUUUUGUGGUGUUGUGCCUCAAAGAAUCUGUCUGGACAAAGUUCUCUACACCCAAGGAAGAGAAGCAGUUUUUGGAACUCCUGAGUGGCCUAAUGAAUCCUGUGAAACCCCAAGGAAUUCCAGUUGCUGCCCUUCUUGAGCCAGAUGAGGUGCUAAAGGAAUUUGUCGUGCCUUUCUUGACACUGGAUGCCACAGAGGUAGACGUAAGUCUGAAGAUCUUCAUCCAGACUCUAGAAGUAAAUGUGGGCCUAGAGGAAUAUUGGCUCCAGACCUGUUCUCCAUUCCCCCUUAUCUUCAGCUUGUGCCAGCUCCUGGAUAGCUUCAGCAAGUACUGGCAGCUUCCUCAGGAAAAGCGGUGCCUUUCUUUGGAGGGGAAGGAUCUGGUGAUCCACAUCCUGGAGCUCCUCUGUGAGAUUGUAUUAGCAAAUGCUGAGACCUUCUCCCCAGACACCUGGAUCAAGUCCCUAUCCUGGCUCCACCGGAAGUUGGAGCAGCUAGAUUGGACUGUGGGCCCAAGGCUGAAGAACUUCUUUGAGGGCCACUUUAAGUGUGAGGUGCCAGCCACACUUUUUGAGAUCUGCAAGCUUUCUGAGGCUGAGUGGACCUCUCAGGCCUACCCAGGUUAUGGGCCUGGCACAGGGCUUCUUGCCUGGAUGGAGUGCUGCUGUAUCUCCAGUGGAAUCUCUGAGCAGAUGUUCUCCCUCCUGGUGGUGGAUGUGGGCAAUCCUGAAGAGGUCAGAUUGUUCAGCAAGGGCUUUCUGGUGGCCCUGGUGCAAGUCAUGCCUUGGUGCAGUCCCCAGGAGUGGCAGUGUCUUUACCAGUUGACCAGGAGACUAUUAGAGAAACAGCUCCUGCAUGUCCCUUAUAGCCUGGAAUAUAUUCAGUUUGUUCCCCUGCUGAACCUGAAGCCCUUUGCCCAGGAGCUCCAACUCUCUGUACUCCUCCUGAGAGCUUUCCAGUUUCUCUGUAGCCAGAGCUGUCGUAAUUGGCUUCCUAUGGAAGGGUGGAACCAUAUAGUCAGACUCCUCUGUGGUAGUCUGACCAACCUCCUGGACUCGGUUAGGUUGAUACAGCCAGUUGGUCCAUGGGCUCAAGGACAAGACCAGAACCUGACCCAGGAAACGCUGUUUGUUUAUACCCAGGUGUUCUGUCAUGUUCUGCAUAUCAUGGCCAUGCUCCCCCAAGAGGUCUGUGAACCACUCUAUGUGUUGGCCUUGGAAGUCCUCACCUGCUAUGAAACCCUGAGCAAGACCAACCCUUCUGUUAGUGCCUUGCUCCAGAAGGUAAAUGAGCAGCGCUUCUUAAAGUCCAUCGCUGAGAACAUUAGCCCCGAGGAGCGGCGACAAACCCUGCUGCAGAAGAUCAGCAACUUCUGAGCUUUGUAGGUCAGAGAAAAGCUGGGUCCGUAGGGGCUAAAGCUGAGAAGCAUCAGCUUUCCAGUUAUGUCUGAUUGUAUGCAAGAUAAAAGGCAUAUGGUAAUAACAGUGUAAACAAAAUAGUUUCUUAGGUAUUUGUAACAUACAAACUAUAAUAAAAUUCUCUUUUGUCUUGAGUCUUA